AUGAUCGAUCCCGACGACAGAUUCUUCUCGCAGGGCCAGGGCUAUUUUGGACCGAGGGAAAACCCUAUAACCCAAACCCACUGCGACGUCUGGGAUUGGGAUCAGCUGCGAUGGAUCAAAGUCAAAGGAACUGCUAAGCUUUUUCCACCUGGAGAAGAUGUUGAAACCUUAGUUCUUGCACAAUUUGCCGAUUAUCUUUCGCCAGAGGUUCGUGCAAUCACAGUCAACGAUGACGGGCUUCUCACUGGAGUCUCGACAGACCCGGAAGAAGAUGAUACGCUCUUUAUUGGAUAUAUCCCCUUCUCACUCUGUCAAUCACUCGUGCAUUGCUCUACCGUCUAUGUCUCUCAACUUCAAGAACUCGAUCGACUUGGACCAGGCGUCAACCUAUCAUCGUACGAUAGUCAGAGGGUCGCAUUCAAAUUCAACCCUUUAGCCAUGAUUCGAAGACUACAGAUGUCCUGGAAGGAGAUGAACCUACUUAGCAAGCUGCCACCACAUCCUAAUAUAAUACCGUUUGACCGCAUUGUUCUCGAGGAUGAGCAGUCUCGGGUGAUCGGAUUCACAACAAAGUACAUCCCAGGUGGAACGCUAGCAGAUGCCAAUCCGAAAAGGCCUUUCCGAUUUGAAUGGCUAAGGCAGCUUACUCGGCUAGUGGAUUUCCUAAACCUAGAAUUAGGGAUCAUGCAUCAAGACAUUGCACCACGGAAUUUACUUGUCGACCCUGAAACAGACGAUAUUAUUCUCUUCGAUUUUGAUUGGGCCGCCAAUGGGAAGGAAGAUCUAAUGGAUGGUCGAGACGAUGUGUCCGGUGUUGUCUUCACAUUACACGAGAUCGUCACGAACGAUACGCAUUUUACGAGCAUUCCUCACUGGGACCGGAACAUAGACAUGGUGCAGUCUAUCGAAUGGGCUUGUCACGGCGAACUAGACUCUGACGUGUCAAAGUUCCGCAAUUUUUUGAAUGAAUGGGUGGCAACGAGAACCGACAGAGCCAUAGAGAGAUACCUCAAUGCGCCCAAUCGGAUCACAUGGCCAGAUCUCCCAACCCCUCCAGACUACGACGUGCCUUUUGAGAUGGGUUCCACAGAAGAAGGAGAACCUAAGUGGAGAACUGGUCUGCGUACGAAACGCAUUGCACUACAGAAGGGGCAAUACUGCUUUCGAUGGGACAGGCCACCACAGAGCAGGUUGCCGAAGAAAGCCCAGAACAGCAUUAUACCCGGGGAGGCAUUCGAAACAAGAUAG